CUUUGGGCUAUAAAAGCAUUUGGGCCUUAGACAGCGGCAUUAUUCAGCUUUGUGUUCUUGCCACGAGUUCAACUUGCAACAAAACCUAAAAUGUUCAAAUACUUUGUGUUUGCCGCUUUCUGCCUGGCGAGUGCUGCUGCCGCUCCAGGAUAUUUGGGAGGAUUGGCUGCUCCUGCCUUGCCGCUGGCUGCAGCUGCUCCGGCCAUCUCCUAUGGCCACGCCCUGGCGGCUCCUUCGAUUGCCUCCUAUGGACUGGCCCCCAGGAUUAGCUAUGCCUCCCCUGCAUUGGCCCACGCUCCUCUGGCUGCUCCGGCUAUCUCCACUUACGGAUUGGGAUUGGGUCAUGGACCCCUUGGCCUGGCCCAUGGUCCUCUGGGCUUGGCUCAUGGCUCCCUGGGCCUGGCUCCUGCUCCCCUGAGCCUGGCUCAUGCUCCUCUGGCCGCUCCCCUGGGACUCGGCUACAAGUCGGCCUAUCCAGCUCUGGCGGCUCCUGCUCUUGGAUUGGCCCAUGGUUGGUAAGAGGUGGCCAGCGUUUUCCGCAUUGCGUUCGUUUCGUUUGGAUCGGAGUGAGGAGGAGGAAAAUACACUGAGAGAAAGAGAGAGAGAAAACAGCGUUGGAGAUUUUGUGAAGGUUGACCAAGUUGUAAAAACGCAGUUUGUUAAAAAUUGGAUUUGAUGUUGAAAUAUAUUUCGUUUGAAUUAAAAAACAAAUCGAAUACA